GGUUUGCGUUUGUGCCGUCGACAGUGGAUGACAGCGGCCGCUAAGCGUUCAAAGAAUAAAAGCACGCGCCGGUGGGAAAAUAAAAUAGACUGCGUUUGUGAUGGCGUGCAGCUAGACGUGUAGUUGGCCAACACGUCAAACUAGUUCUUAUUUGGCUCUAAGAAGGGAUACCGGAAACGCUUCCUUGAUCGCGGCCCACAGUGGUCGCGGUCCGAGUCCGUUAGCUGUAGCUAAAGCUGAGGCGGGAUGUGAAUGAACCCAGACAGGACCAGCCCCGGGAGCCGGCAGCAGUCAGUCAGUCAGUCAGUCAGUCACACCCUUGUCUGGGGGACGCCGAAGGGGAAGGGAUCCUGUCCGCUUAGCAACAUGACGUCGCUUCUGCUCCCUCGCUGUGCUCUCGGACACAGAGACGUGUGAGCCUCGAACUGUUGAGCCGGAGCCGCAGCAGCACAGCUGUGUAAGUUAACCGCGAUGUGUGGGCUGGAUAUGACUGACUCAUCGCCAUGGCACGGACCGAGGAGAUAACCCCGCACAGUGUCCGUGCUGCAGUGCCAACCAGGCAGCCUCGCAGCUAAGUUAACGACCCGGUCGCUUGUGUGUGUUUUUUAUUUAUCAUAUAACCAAAAAGAAAAAAAAGCAGAAACCUCGCAGUCCAGAGUGGCAUCAUGAGUUCCCCGAUGUACACCUUUGUCACCCGGGACGACAACAGCACUGUUUAUGCAGAAGUUUCCAAAAUCCUCCUCUCGACUGGACAAUGGAAGAGGCUGAAGAGAGACAAUCCCAGAUUCAACUUGAUGCUCGGUGAACGGAACAGACUGCCCUUUGGACGUCUAGGCCACGAACCAGGACUGGUGCAGCUGGUGAACUACUACAGAGGAGCGGACAAGCUCUGCAGAAAGGCGUCCUUGGUCAAGCUAAUAAAGACUAGCCCCGAGCUGUCUGACUCCAGUAGCUGGUUCCCAGAAUCCUACAUCAUCUAUCCCACUAACCUCAACACCCCCGUUGCUCCAGCUACAAAUGGCAUUAGCCAUCUGAAGAACAAUCCCAAGACGGACGAGCGGGAGGUUUUCUUGGCCUCUUAUCACUCGAAGAAAGAAAGUGGGGAGGGCACAGUGUGGAUUGCAAAGUCUUCUGCUGGAGCUAAAGGCGCUGGUAUUUUGAUAUCCCAUGAUGCUAAUCAGCUGCUGGAGUACAUUGAUAAUCAGGGACAGGUCCAUGUUAUCCAGAAGUACCUGGAGAAACCGUUACUUCUGGAGCCGGGUCAUCGCAAAUUUGACAUCAGGAGCUGGGUGCUAGUGGACCAUCAGUAUAACAUCUAUUUGUACCGGGAGGGCGUGCUGCGGACUUCCUCAGAGCCCUACAACAGCUCUGACCUCCAGGACAUGACCAGCCACCUGACCAACCACUGCAUCCAGAAGGAGCACUCACAGAACUACGGACGAUACGAAGAGGGAAAUGAGAUGUUCUUUGACGAGUUCAAGCUGUACCUGCUGAACACUCACGGUGUCGCCCUGGAGAGCACCAUAUUACCUCAGAUCAAGCAGAUCAUAAAGAGCUGUCUGACAUGUAUUGAGCCUGUAAUCGGCACCAAGCACCUGUCCUACCAGAGCUUCCAGCUCUUUGGAUUUGAUUUCAUGGUGGACGAGAGCUUCAAAGUGUGGCUCAUUGAGAUCAAUGGAGCUCCAGCCUGCGCACAGAAACUAUAUUCAGAGCUUUGUCAAGGUAUUGUUGAUGUGGCCAUUUCCAGUGUCUUCACCCUGAACAGCAACAGUGACCCUUCAUCUGCUUCAUCUUCUCCUUAUUCCUCCUCCCCUUCCUCCAUGUUUACCACCAACUCCUGCUCCUCUCCCAAACUGAGAGCACCUCUUAACGUGGGCCCUUUCACUCGACUGUAAGCUCAGCUCACUCUCAAAUAUUCCCCUUGUCUCCCCCCAAACUAGCAACCUUCUCAUGCUCUGUCCUCCACCCUUAAUCUGCACCUGAGAAGUAGCACACGUCAGCCAGCCGAGCCUUUAAUUGAACCUCCCACUUCCUAAAUUCCUGGCAAGUCAGGCGAGGUUGAGAGGGAGUCUUUCUUUUCAUGGAAAUCACUGAACUGCAGCAAUGAUCUCUGUGCUCCUCGUUAUGCAUAUUAUGAAUGUGAGGACGCUGAUGAACUGAUCAACAAACUGUGUGGGAGUUUCUGAAUGAGGACAAGAUGCCCUUCCAUCUCAGUUCCACCAACGCUGGUUUCUCCCUAAGAAGAUUAACGGAGGUCUGAAGGAUGUAGAGAUGCUGCCAAGUGAGACUAUAGUGCCUUACAUUUCCCACCACGCUCCCUUGAAGAGACUGCCAGUUAGCUUGCUCUGUUACCGUGACUCGUACUUGUUCUAUAAGCCUUUGCACUGUUGCAGUCAAUGCGGUCAUGAUCCGUCAACACAGAUUCCUUGAUAUUGGAAAUCUUAGUGAAUUUGUUAUUUUCUCAUCAGACUCUCUUCUUAUUUUUUUUCUUCUUUUUAUUAGCUUACCUGCAGCCAUUUGUAUUCAUUAAUUGGUAUGAGGUAUGUUAACCAGAGGGGCUGCUAUGGGAUAACAUAUGACUCCCUAAUAUAAUAUUAGCUAUAAUACUAACGCAAUAUGUCUGGUGGGCGAAACAUUCAUCAUGUCGAGGUUUGCCUUGAACAGCAACAUUCCUCUAGCCUCACAAUGUGUCUGUCUACAUUGAGGGCAGGAGGGUGGCAUUAGUGAGCAGGGGGUCCGUCCUUUCGCUCAAAAACCCAGGUUUACUUCUAGUGUCCCUGACCUCUGACCUCUCUUUGGCAGAGGAAAAAAGAAACUGACUCCCUUAAUGGGCUCAGUGAAGCAUUAGCAGACAUUUACUAUGUCCUCAACAAAUUAAUUGCAGAAUUUAGUUCGGCUGAAGACACUUUGGUGUUUUUGUUUGUCAUUGGAAGAGAGCAUGUUUGUGUGAAAGCAUGUAGUAGUAGUAUGCAUCCUCAUGAACAGCACCUUUUGCCCCAGUUUGUAAAGAGCUGAUGUCCGUGUUCAAUUUCUGACUUCUGAAAAGAGAAGUGUUAUUGUGAAGUGUUGUCAAUAAGUGUGUGGGUUACGUUUUCUUCUACUGUUGACAUGAAGGUAGAGUAGAUUGUACAAAGUGUGUUGUUGAUUAUUAGAAUUUAUUGUGAGACCCCAUGGAAUAAAAGGGACUUGACACAAUAAACAUUUGUUUGUAGGAGAGCUGAUAGAGACUAAAUAGCAAACAAGCCCACAUCCUGCUCUACUCUGGUCAAGUCACCGCUUCUUCUGUAGUUACUGUUGGACUCGCUCUCUACACUCAUUCUGCUGUUUUUAAUUUCAUGUCCUUUUUUGUUUCAUGGGGUCAUUAAAAUAUUUGAGUUCUUUUAUUUCUACUUAGCCUCUUUGCGAACAGCAGUGUCCUGAGUUGUAACUGUGCAAGAUGACUGGUGUCAGAUGUAUUUUAAGUUGCAGUUUGUUAGAAAGGAGCGUUAAGUUCUUCCUUUAGAUGUGAACGUUUCAGUUAGCUCGAAGUCUGUGACAGCUGCAUGCUGGGUUGUUCAUUUUUGAAAAAUUCCGCCGUUGUGUUUGCAGGCGCUCGUUUUAAACACGGAAUAAGCCAUUAGUCUCUCAUAAUGUUAGAAUCCCUGCUGUUCCUCUCUUAACCUUAGUUCAAAUGUGCGAGGCUUUGCUUCCCAUGCUUUGAGUGACAUAAGUUAAGGGACACCAUUGACGCAUUUAUUUAUGUUUUUAAAUCUCUGUAUUGGUGUUUACUAGAUGACUCUGAGGAAGGAAGGAUGUGUGAGUAGGUGAAGGUCAGAAAACUGAGAUCGUCGCAGGGAUGUUUAACCAUUUUCUUUUAAAGGAAACCGGUUUUGUAAAGAGGAAUCCCAGUAACUAAGAGCAUACAGUUCAGUGAAUCCAUUUCAGAGCCCUGCUAGUAGAUGAUAUCAUGUUUGACAGUUGGAAAAGAUAUUCAUGUAAGUGGAAAAUGGGUAUUUAGGUCAUGAUUGUGUUGAAAAAUUAGUUACAAAGGUUUGAUAGCUGGUUUUGGAAAUUCCAAAAGCAAACUAUCAGUAUUUUGAAUUACAUUUUUUGGAAAAUGUCUUUCCAUCAAAGGGACGGGUGCCUUAGAGGGAAGUUUGCAUACUGAUAAAAAAAGAAGAAGCAAUGAACCUCCAGCAUUGAAAUGCACCUUCAUUAGUUCGUACUGAAGUGAAUUUGUUUAAUUCAUCGUUAGAUCAAUUUUGAAUUCAAUUAUGUCAUUUCAUUGUAUUCAGAGUUUCUUUGCACAUCAGACUAAUUUUCUGGUGUUUUUCCUCAUGUUUUGUAUUUUCCUCAUCUUUACCAAAGAUCAAACUCCCGCUGUAAAACGUUUUUUGUAGUGACUAUAAAUCGAACAUCCUCACAUCUACUGGCCAACUCUAUCGAAAAAGCAAGUGUCAUAUUCAAGGAGAUGUCUGUGCUGUGUUCUUGUUAGGUGAUGUUUUCUCGAAAAAUCUUGCAUGAACAUUUGUCCAAACAAUAUCGCUAGAAAUAAAAUAAAAAGAUAUUACAAAUA